AUGGCCAAUUUGAACAUCCAAGACGUAGUCUCAAAUCACGAAGACCCAGAAGUCAUGUUUCAAUUACUUGAAAAGCUUGGAGAAGGCUCAUUCGGAUCCGUUCAUAAAGGCCUCCACAAGUCCACAGGGACUAUCGUAGCUAUUAAAAUCCUCCAAAUCAAUAAUAACGAAAUUGCCUCCAUCAAGAAAGAAAUCUCGAUUUUAAAAGCCUGUAGGCACCCUAACAUAGUAGGCUAUAUUGGAUCAUAUAUAAAGGGAGACGACCUUUGGCUUAUUAUAGAAUACUGCAGCGCCGGCUCUGUGGCUGAUUUAAUUAGAAUUACUAAAAAAACCCUCGAUGAGGUUCAAAUUGCAAGUGUGUGCCAGGCUGCUUUGAGAGGGCUUGAGUAUUUGCAUGAUAAUAAGAAUAUUCAUAGAGACAUUAAGGCGGGGAAUAUUCUUCUGGAUCAUAAAGGUAUAGCGAAAUUGGCUGAUUUUGGGGUUUCUGCACAGCUCUUGCAUACACUGUCGAAGAAAGAUACUGUGAUUGGGACGCCUUAUUGGAUGUCGCCUGAGGUAAUAUCAAGGUCUUGUUAUUCUACCUGAAUAAAAAUAAAUAAUUAAAGCAUUCUGGCAUGAUACUUUUAUAUAGAAAAUUAGGACUUUUUGAUAAAUAUUUAUAUUAUAGUCUUUUAUAUCUACAAUAUAAUAAAAAAACUGAUAUAUGAAGCUUAGGAAUCACCGCAAUUGAAAUGGCUGAAGCUGAGCCUCCUUAUUCCAAUAUUCCUCCAGUGAGGGCUAUGUUUACAAUCCAGCGAUAUCCAGCCCAGUCCCUAACUGAGCCUCGAAAAUGGUCUCCUGAAUUCAACGAUUUUGUAGCAAAAUGCUUGACAAUUGAUCCUAAGCAAAGGCCAACCGCCAAAGAGCUUUUAAUCCACCCCUUUAUAAGAAGAGCCAGAGGUCCUGGACUACUCAGCGAACUAGUCGCAAACGCUAUGGACAGCAUUGAGAGGUCUCGGACUACAGAAAACAUAAGCGAAGGCUCCGAAUCAGAAGAAGAAGCAGAAUGUGACAAUGGCAGCAUGGUCUAUAAAGGCACCGAAGAAUUUGACUCAGGAACCGUAAUCCAAUACGACACCAUGGUCGAAAUCCCUGAAGAAAACAAAAUGUCAACGAUCAUUAUAAAAGACGGAAAAGAGAAAAAUAAAGAAACAGAGCAGCAGGGGACUGUACGAAUUGAUUACUCAGAUGAAGAAGAAGAAAACGUGGAACCUGAUUUCAUGAAACUUGUGAGACAGGCUGAAGGCAUCCCAGAACCAAAACCACAAGCUAAGAAAGCUCCCCAAUCCCCCCAGCCUCCAUCUGUUCACAACCCUCCUAGCGCUAAUAACUCCCAAAAACCCCAAAUCCCUCCAGAAUUCAAAGGAAUGUCAAUCGAAUACAUUGAAAAAUCCUUAAAAAGGCUAAAUGUGGACAUGCUUGCAGAAAUUGAAGCUGUGAAGUCUAGGUACGCAGAAAGGAUCAAGCCACUUGAGAAGAUUCUUGAAGUGAUGAGGCAUGAUGAAAAAAGAUAA